AGAUUAACAGUCAAAUGUCGAAAAAGUUAGCUGGAAAAAUUCAUUAUUUUCAUCCACCUAUCCCAUUACUACCGACAUAUUAUUCUUCAUCUGGAUUACAACAUAACAGUAAUUUAAUGAAUAAUGAGGAUGUUGAAAGUGAACAACAACAAGAAAACCAGCAACCACAAAAGACAGUUGAUUCAUCUACUGUUCAUGAUUAUGGUUUUGAACACUUGUUGAAUGAUCAUAUCCUAGGGGAACAAGCGUCAGCUGCAUUUUUAUGCGGUAAACUGCAAGGUUUACUACGUUGUAAUACCUCGAAAUUGAUGCAGAUUGACCACCACAACAAUAAUAGUACUACUACUGCGACUACUGAUAGUAGUAAUGAUAUUGAUACGAACAUUGUUGGCAGUAAUUGUAAUGAUGUUUCACGUCUCAUUCAGCAAUUGUUUACUAAAGCUGAAAAAGGCCUAAACAAUUGUCAUUCAAUCGAUGAACAGAAUAAAGUCAUUAAAGAAAUACAAGAUUUAAUUAUUUCAGGUAUUAAAACUGAUAUUUCUACACCGUUAUCAUCGUCAGUGGAUAUAGUGAAUGGAAUGAUAAAUGAUUCAUAUACUUCUGCAAGUACUGUUAAUACUAAUGAUAAUGGCAACAGAUUGUCUUCAAAACGACGUAGAUUGACAAAAAAGUUAUCAACAAUACCGACUACUGUUAACGUUGAUGAUAGUGAGAAAAAAGAACAGCUUCUGCCUGCUACUAUCAGAAAACUUCUUUAUCCAACCUGUUAUUCAUCAUCACCAUCGCUGUCAUUAGUGCAUGAGUCGAAUGAUUCAUUCUCCGAACCGGACAAUAGUAGACUGUUAGCAUCAUUUGAUCCAUUUGUUAUCAGGCUAGCAAGUAGAAUUAUUAAUCCUGAUUAUCUUGGUAAUGGUUUAUUGAGUAAUGUGAGAUCAGAUUACUAUCACUUUUCUGCAAAUCAUUCCUGUCACUCGGAUAUGAUUUUAUGGACUUCACCUCAGUCGCAGUCAUUAUCUAUUGGAAGAAUAUCAAGUUUAUUGAAGACUACCGGGGCAAGAGAAUCAGAGCGUUUUUUUACGCUUACUCUUCCAUCGACUAAUCUGUCAUCUAGAUCAUUUUGUGAACUUGAUUCUUGUUUCAUUGAUGAAUCAGGUGAAAGAAUCAGUAUAAUCGGUCGUUUGUUACCGACUUCAAACAGUAAAAAAAGUGUUGUCUAUAUGCAAAUGAAGGUGAAGGAUGUAUCGGAUUUGUCUAGCUCAAGCAUUGAACACAUUCAAAUCAUACCAGGCUCAUCGAAACAUUGUGUUACUACUAAAACUGCUAUCGCCAGUGUCUGCAUGAGUCGAUCAAUUCCAGGGGAAUGGUGUAUGGCUGGAAAUUAUUUAGACAAAAAGGGUGAUCGUAAAGCUGCUAUCUACUUGUAUAAUUGUAGUGACAGCAAAUUACCCAUAUGGUCCGGUUAUGUGAACCUAGGUAACUAUACAGAAGCUAUAGCGAAAGAAAAUGCUAUGUGCUUACAAAGCACUGCAUCAUCAUCAUCAUCGUGGCCUAAAAAAGAUCCAGUUCAACUAGACAUUGAAUCUUAUUGUCAGUAUUCAACACGAAAGCUCCGCUUAUUUCAGCAUCACUCCAGUCAUUAUUGGUUACGUGUAGGAUUUGGGAGUUAUCCCGGUGAAUUGUGUCUGACAACUACACGUCGUAUUCUGGUAUUCGAUACGCGUGCCCCAUUGUCACUAUCAUCAAAUGCUUAUCAACUGUUAAACAUUGCAGAAAAGUCUUCUCAGUUCAAUUCAACUGACUAUAUCACAUAUUGUUCACCAAAGUGGAUGGGUGAUGUAUAUAUAUUAGCCGGGGGUUAUUAUAGUAUGUUUCUAUUGGAUAAACGUAUGCCUAAUCGAACUGUACUACAUUGGUCGCAUAAUCUUACAAAACCUUUAGCUCAUCUUCAUUGGACCAAGGUAGAAAGUCGAUAUCAAUCAAUGUAUAAUGAUAUUCCACAAUUUCUAGUUUCCAUGACUUCUCAGUACGCUUCAGAUAUGUCAACAUUUGGCAUGAAUUUCAAUUCCGCCUCAGGUCCUCAGUAUGUUGGCCCGUGUUUGUCCGGUAUGCCGUUAACAAGUCUAGUCACAUCAUUCCCACCGAGUAAUACAUUCCAGUCAAGUAGUCAGAAUGCAUUGUUUAAAACACGUCUACAAAGUUCCGUUUGUGGUAUCACAUCCUACUAUUAUCCCUUGCCAACAGAUGAUGGUAAAAAUCAAUUUCACACAUUAUUACUCACAUCUUACGGUGAUCUAUUCGAUUAUUGUGCCUAUCUACAGGACCAAACGACAAUCAUGAUAAUAUUCAUCAGCAUAAUAUGAUCGAGGAUUAUGAAGCUAACGCUCAGACAGUUGUUACCAACUGGUUGUCAGAACUUUGUUGUCGACCACAGGAUAAUAAGCCUUGUCAAGAAAACAACAACACACAAGUGUCUGUAAAUCCUCAAGGUUCUUUAAAUCUAUCCAAAGUUAUUGACGAAGAGUUGUCAUCAACUGACUUGGAUAGUGAGCUUGCUGACUUUGAGAAUAUCAGUAGCAAGAUUAAUGGUAAUCAGCACUUUUCUAUCCAUCAUUUGAAUUUAUCCACCUGUUCUACAGACUCUUCAAAAUAUCUACUUAAAGAUUUAGAAGCCAUAUGGAACUACGAUGAAGCUUACAAAGAAGAGAAUAAAAGUAAAAAUUCAUCACAGUUCGCUUCCAUAUUCCUCGACGAUUUAUCAGAUGAGCGUAUGUUAGAGGAAGAGAAACGGCAAAAAAUGAUUAAUGAAUCUCAUGGUGAUGAGUUUAAUCACCUGUUAGACAAAUUAAAAAAUCGAUACAUGAAUAGUUUUCCAACGCAUAGCUAUGAAGUCAAUGGUGGUAAUGUUGACAAUCGAUGGCCAUGUGCUUUAUCACCAUCCCCCGUACCUGGUCCUUCUUUUUCUUCACUGCCUUCUCAAGAUAAAUUGCCAUCUUCAAGUGGUCAAUCCGAGUAUUUUACCGCUGAGGAAUUUUGUUAGCAAAUGGUACAUUUUAUGCUGUAAAGUGCUUUUUUUUUCUCGAUUUUCUUUUUUUUUUGUAUAAAUAUUUUGUACUGUUAAUUGGAUUAAAGAAAAAUAGAAUAUUUUCCUCAUGAU